AACAAGCUGGGCACACGCGCUUGCAGUGAGCAGUGAAAAUUCUGAGGUGAUUGUAUUGUGUGUGGUGUGUUCAUACUCAAUUAACUUAAUUAAGUUAAACAACAAAAAAAAGUGUUAGACGCACUUUAAAACCAACGUGAGGAUUUCAACCCGCUUACUACAAAAAACGCCACGUAUAACGGCCCGCCGGUAAAAACCGCACCCGAAAAAAUGGCAACAGCAGCUAACACGACAGCUGGAGCAGCGAAAGACGGCAAUGCGCCCGCAGCUGCGGCACCAGCGCCAGCUAAGACUUUAUCCGGCAUCGUUAAACAAGUUCUCUCCGGCGAUACGGUUGUUAUACGCGCCACGAAAGGUGCGCCGCCACCGGAGAAACAAAUCACCUUCUCGCAUGUCCUGGCACCUAAACUCGCCCGCCGUCCUGGCGCCGGCGGUGAUGAGACGAAGGAUGAGCCUUGGGCAUGGGAAUCGCGUGAGUUUCUGCGUAAGAAGUUGAUUGGCGCUGAGGUGACAUUCACCUUUGACAAACCUGCCAACUCCAAUCGUGAAUACGGUUUCGUUUGGCUGGGCAAGGACAAGGAAUCCGGUGAGAACGUGGUCGAGUCCAUUGUACGUGAGGGUCUGGUGACUGUGCGCAGGGAAGGACGCCCAACACCCGAGCAGCAAACGCUCAUCGAGCUGGAGGAUCAGGCACGUGCUGCUGGUCGUGGCAAGUGGGCGCACAACGCUAAUGCUGCCGAUAAGGUGCGCAACAUUAAAUGGUCGCAUGAGAAUCCCGCCCAUAUUGUGGAUGUCUAUGGUGGCAAACCCGUCAAGGCUAUCAUCGAGCAUGUGCGCGAUGGCUCGACGGUGCGUGCCUUCCUGCUGCCCGACUUCCAUUAUGUUACGCUGAUGAUUUCGGGCAUUCGCUGUCCCGGCGUCAAGCUCGAUGCUGAUGGCAAACCCGAUCUGACCGUGAAGGUUCCAUUUGCUGAUGAGGCACGUUACUAUGUGGAAACCCGUCUGCUGCAGCGCGAUGUUGAGAUUCGCUUGGAGUCUGUGAACAAUUCCAACUUCAUUGGCACCAUCCUGUAUCCCAAGGGCAACAUUGCCGAGUCUCUGCUGCGCGAAGGUUUAGCCAAGUGCGUUGACUGGUCCAUGGCGGUCAUGAAGACAGGCGCUGAUAAGCUGCGUGCAGCUGAACGCAUUGCCAAGGAGAAACGUCUGCGCCAAUGGCAGGAUUACCAGGUGAAGACACCCGCCUUUAACUCCAAGGAGAAGGACUUCACCGGCACCGUUGUUGAGGUCUUCAACGGCGAUGCCAUCAACGUGCGUCUGGCCAACGGUCAGGUGAAGAAGGUCUUCUUCUCCUCGAUUCGUCCACCACGCGAUCAACGCGUUGGCACCGAGGGUGAGGAGAUUGUCAAGGCGCCGCCACGUGGCAAGAACUACCGUCCUCUCUAUGAGAUUCCCCAUAUGUUUGAUGCCCGCGAAUUUCUGCGCAAGAAACUGAUCAACAAGAAGGUUCAGUGCAACCUCGACUACAUCUCGCCCCUGCGUGACAAUUUCCCCGAGAAGCACUGCUACACUGUGCUCAUCGGGGGCCAGAAUGUGGCCGAAGCCAUGGUUGCCAAGGGUCUGGCGACAUGUGUGCGUUAUCGUCAGGAUGAUGAUCAGCGUUCGUCGGCCUACGAUCAACUGAUUGCCGCCGAGCAGCAGGCGAUCAAGGGACUGAAGGGCAUGCACGCCAAGAAGGACAAUGUGACGUUGCGUGUCAACGAUCUCACCGUCGAUCAUUCCCGCAUCAAGGUGCAGUAUCUGCCAUCGUGGCAACGUGCCCUCCGCACCGAAGCCAUCGUUGAGUUCGUUGCCAGCGGCUCUCGUCUGCGUCUGUAUGUGCCCAAGGAUAGCUGUCUGGUCACCUUCCUGUUGGCCGGCAUCUCGUGUCCACGCUCCUCUCGUCCUGCCCUGAACGGUGUGCCCGCCCAGGAGGGUGAACCCUUCGGUGAUGAGGCGCUGACAUUCACCCGCGAGCGUGUGCUGCAGCGUGAUGUGUCCGUGCACAUCGAUACCACCGAUAAGGCUGGCUCCUCUAUCAUUGGUUGGCUGUGGACCGAUCAGAAUGUCAAUCUGUCUGUCGCCCUUGUCGAGGAGGGUCUCGCCGAAGUGCAUUUCAGUGCCGAGAAGUCUGAGUACUAUCGCCAGCUGAAGAGCGCCGAGGAUCGUGCCAAGGCGGCGAAGAAGAACAUCUGGGCCAACUAUGUGGAACAAGUGCCUGAGGAGAAGGUCGUCAUCGAAGAGGAGAAGGACGAGAAGGUGCCCGCGGAGCGCAAGGUCAACUAUGAGAAUGUCAUUGUGACCGAGAUCACCGAAACGCUAACCUUCUUUGCCCAAUCCGUUGACAACGGUCCCAAGCUCGACACUUUGAUGAGCAAACUGCACGCUGACUUCCAGGCCAAUCCUCCAAUCGCUGGCUCUUACACGCCCAAGCGUGGUGACUUGGUUGCUGCUCAGUUCACUGCUGACAAUCAAUGGUAUCGCGCCAAGGUGGAGCGUGUCCAGGGUCAGAAUGCCAGCGUGCUCUACAUUGAUUACGGCAACAAGGAGACUCUGCCCGUCAGCCGUUUGGCCGCUUUGCCACCUGCAUUCAGCAGCGAGAAGCCGCAUGCCACCGAGUAUGCACUUGCCUUAAUCGUGCUGCCCGCUGACAACGAGGACAAGGAGGAGGCACUGCGUGCAUUCUCCGACGAUGUGCUCAACCACAAGGUGCAGCUCAAUGUGGAACUGAAGGUUGCCAGCGGUCCAAAUUUGGCCACUCUCCACGAUCCCACAUCGAAGACGGACUUUGGCAAGCAAUUGGUUGCCGAUGGUCUCGUCAUUGUCGAGAAGAGACGCGAGCGUCGCCUCAAGGAGCUGGUGGAGCAGUAUAGGGCUGCACAGGAGGCUGCAUUGGCGGCGCAUUUGGCCAUCUGGAAGUACGGUGACAUUACGCAGGACGAUGCGCCCGAAUUCCGCUAGGAAUUCCAGCCAGGAAUUCCACAAAGCGUGCAGUAGGCAGGUGGCGUGUGGAGCGCGCGCUGCUGGCUGAAAUGUUUGUCUGCCACAUACCCGCCCUUUAUAUACUACAACAACAACAACAUCAAGUUUAACAACAACAACAGCAAGAUGAAUGAUGAUGAAAUAACAGCAAGAGCAACAACUUAAAGAAUAUGAAAUUACUAAUUCUAUAUAGAACAACAAACACACACAUCUAUACAUCAAUAAAAAUAUAUACAAAAUAUAUAUAUAAAUAAUAUGAAAAUAUAUAUAUGAUGAUGCAUAUAAUCAUAUUGGAUACAAUUUGAGCUACAGAUUAAUAAUUAUAUACAAAAAGUUGCAUGAUGAUGAUGUAAAGCUGGAGCCUGGAACAUUUUUGUAUGCUUUAAGCAACUGGCCAAUCGUCGCAUAUUCGAUUCAACAGUUUUUUAAAACAUUCAUUCAUAAUUCUUUAAACAAAUAUACAAAACGAAAACAACAAAAAAAGAGAAA